AUGGCUUUUGGUUCACAGCUUAAAGUCUUGUUACAAAAGAAUUGUUUAUUAAAAAAGAAAUCAAAAGUUGGAAUAUGUUGCGAUAUUGCUUUUCCAGUUGCACUCAUCGUGCUAUUAAUGGUCAUGAUGUCUAAAUCAGAAGAUCAUCCAAUACCAACAUUUGGAUUACUUGUCCAAAAUAAUACGGUUAUCUAUGGACCUUCCAGUUCAUUGAACACCGAACAAAAGGCAGUCGUUAAAUUGAUCAUCGAUCAGGUUAAACUGUUCAAUCCGAAUGCAGAGAAUCAAUUUAAAGGCAUGGAGUCACUCGAGCAGAUGGACAGCUAUUAUGCCAACAACAGUGAAUCUGUUAAACUUGGAUUGUGGUUCCCGACGAACCAGACUGCCUCUGCCAACAACCCAUUCCAAUACUCGAUCAGAAUGGAUUCCGAUGUAUUGCCACCGACCGAUAAGAUUACAGAACAAUUUGGAAACUCGCUUGGAUAUGCUUCAAGAGGGUUUGCUUCGUUGCAAACCGCUGUCGAUAAUGCAGUUUUAAGUACACUCGGCAACUUCCAACGUAAUCUAGGUGUUACCGCUCGACUCUUCCCAGAUCCAUUCACCGAGCAAUGGCAGACCUGGAGAACUGCAAGAGAUUUAAUCUAUCGUAAUAUGGCUGGUGUUAUCAUUACCGCUGCAAUAUUCUUCUUUGGCUACCGUUUGAUAGUUGAUCUCGUCGUUGAAAAGGAAACAAGAAUCCGUCAAGGAAUGAAAAUGAUCGGUAUGAGUGACAUUGCAUACUAUCUCUCUUGGCAAAUCCAAUCACUCUACAUUGGUAUUCCUAUUACCCUUGUCAUAUUAAUCAUUCUCUAUGCAUCCGCGAUCAUCAAGCAUGCCAACUUUGGUAUAAUGUUACUUUUAUUCAUUUUGUAUUUCAUUGCAUUAAUUCAAUUGGCAUGUGUAUUAAGUUUAUUCUUUGAUAAAUCAAAGUUUGCAGGUAUUAUGUCAUUGUUCUUUGUUGUUGGACUUUCUGUUGCAGGUAUAUUCGUUGCAAAAGAGAAUUUCAGUAAACAUUUAAAACUAUUGAUAAGUUUAAUAGCUCCAAUCGGUUUCAAUUGUGCAAUCUAUACGGUUGCUCUGAAAGAUUACAAUGGUGAAGAUCAAGAUAAAUCAAUUUAUCCAACAGAGUAUGAAGAAACUGGAAUGAUGUUGUUGGAUGCCGUCAUUUAUGUAUUGCUGUUGGCCUAUCUUGACAAGGUCAUUCCAGGUGAAUUUGGUGUUACCGAGCCAUGGUAUUUCCCAAUCUCUCCAAAUUACUGGCGUCCACGUCGUAAGUCUUACGAAUCGAUCAUGAAUGACCACGAACAAAACGAUGAUGUAGAGAUGACACCUGUUGAGUCUGCCUCGAGUGUAACUGUUUCCAUUAAGAACUUGAAAAAGGAGUUCCACACUGGUAACGGUCUGAGAACAGCUGUCGAUGGAUUGUAUUUAGAUAUGCACUCUGACCAGAUUCAUGCAUUCCUCGGUCAUAAUGGUGCCGGUAAAUCAACUACUAUCGGUAUGUUGACAGGUUUGAUUCCACCAACUGGUGGUGAUGCUUUCAUCGAUGGACAUUCGAUUGCAUCUCAGAUGAGUCAAGUUAGAAAUGUAAUUGGUGUAUGUCCACAACACGAUGUCAUCUGGAAAGAGUUGACUGUAUUCGAGCACUUGAAGAUCUACGCUGCACUAAAGGGUAUAACUUCGAAGCACGUAGAUGAAGAAGCCGAGAAGAUGGCAUUUGAAAUUGGAUUGGGUGAAAAGAUUAAUGCACCAGCUGGUACUCUUUCUGGUGGUCAGAAACGUAAGCUUUGUCUUGGUAUCGCAUUCAUUGGUCAUUCAAAGAUUAUCUUUUUGGAUGAAGUAACCUCUGGUAUGGAUCCAUUGUCGAGAAGAGGUGUCUGGGAUUUCCUUUUGAAAUACAAAAAAGGUCGUACCAUUAUUCUCACAACACAUUUUAUGGAUGAAGCUGAUUUCCUUGGUGAUCGUAUUGCCAUCAUUUCACAUGGUCGUCUUCGUUGUGAUGGAAGCAGUCUCUUCUUGAAGAAGAAGUUUGGUAUCGGUUAUCUCUUGACUUGUGCAAAGGUGGCCGAUGUAUGCAACACCGCUCAAGUUACUCAGUUUGUUCAACAAUUUAUUCCAGAGGCAGCCGUCCUCUCUGAUGUCGGUACCGAGUUGAGUUUCCGUCUUCCAACAUCUUCAGUUACUCAGUUUGUUCCAUUCUUCCGUGAGUUGGAUCAACAAAAGAUUCUUCUCGGUCUCGGUGGAUAUGGUAUCUCUGUUACUACAAUGGAAGAAGUAUUCCUUCGUAUUGGUCAAGAGACUAGAAACAAUGCUAAAGGAUUCAAUUUGAAUGCCAACGAGAAUCGUAAUGAAGCUGCCGUCAAAAAAGCAAUUUCAACAACAUCACUUGAGAGAAGUCCGAUGCAGCAAUUCAAAGGACUUAUUAUUAAGCGUCUUCAAACUAGCUACAAAGACUUGAAAUCUUUCACACUGUCCAUUCUACUUCCGGGUAUCAUUCUUGGAGCAGCGAUUGUCGUCUAUAAGUUUGUAGGUGAAGAUGAGGAAGUACACCCAUUGACACCACUCACUUUCAACAUGUCAGACUUUGGAAACAAAAACUACAUUCCAAUCAAAACCAUCGAUAACGAUAUCCAAGCAUUUAGAAGUUCACCGUACUUCAAUGAACUUCGUAUGGUUCCGAACGAUCUGGAUGACUAUCUCGAGAAAAACUACACUAAUGAUGCAGGUGCAUUCAAUCUCCUUACCUCAUUCAACCAGAAUUUCACAGCACCCAAUACAACCAACUCUACUCUUUCCUACACUGUUUUGUUCAACAUUGAUUAUGUUCAUUCGAUACCGAUGCACAUGAAUAUGCUCACCGAUUCACUGCUAAGAAAUAUUACCAACAACAUUGGUAUAGUUACUACUAGUCUACCAUUCAAACAUGUUUUGACAACUUUCCAACUUCAAUCCCAAGAGGUCAACCGAAAUGCUAUUCUCUACUUUAUUCUGUUGUUCAUGGGUGGCUAUUCAUUGAUGGCUGGUUCAUUUGCAGGAAAUGUUUGUGCUGAACGUAAUUUCAAUAUCAAACGUCUUCUCUAUAUCUCUGGUUGUAAGAAAUAUGUCUAUUGGCUGUCCAAUUUAGUAUGGGAUUAUAUCUUUGCUCUGAUUAUCAAUAUUGUUAUUUCUGCAGUUAUUGUCUCUGUCGUCGAUGAGUUCAGUGGUAAAUUUGGUUUGAUAUUCCUAGCUCAAAUACUCUACAGUUUCGGUAUCAUCCCUCUCGCAUAUUUAAUGUCAUAUCUAUUCAAGACACAUGGAAAGGCAACCGGCUCCAUCUUUGGAAUUCAUUUUGCUUUGGCAUUCAUUUUCCUAUUGACCACAAUGAAGAUCAGAAUAGACACUUACCAAAACUCCGACUUGGAUCUCCAAAAAAAAGGAGAUAUUGUUGAUUAUGUAUUCUUUAUAAUCUCCCCUGUGUUUUGUCUCGCCAAAGUAAUGAUUCUCAAUUCUAAAUUCCCAGGAUUCUCUAGAGUCGGUGAGAUGAAGAUUGAAAAUCAAUGGGCAUGGAAUGCUUGUGGUGCUCCGAUCUUGUUUUUGGCAUGUCACAUGAUUCUCUGGUUAUCGUGGCUCUUCAUUCUCGAUCUCGUUCCAGAGAUUCGUGGUAAAUUGAAGAACCCAAGAAACAAUGCAUCUCCAAAUCCCGAGCCAAACGAAGACUCUGAUGUCGCUGCUGAAAGAGUUCGUCUACACAGUCUUGACCACAACCAAGAGGUCGUAGUUAUCAAAGGAUUACAUCGUGUUUUCAGAUCCAAAGGAAAGAAUCCCAAAAAGAUUGCAGUACACAACACUGCCCUCGGUAUUCCACGUGGUCAGACCUUUGGUUUACUAGGUAUGAACGGUGCCGGUAAGACAACAACUCUUUCAAUGUUGUCUGGUGAUAUCAUUCCAUCCGCCGGUAGUGCAACUAUCAAUGGAUACGACUUAAUUUCAGAGCGAUCGGAAGCACUUCAAUCGAUUGGAUCGUGUCCACAAUUCGACGCUCUAAUUCCAUUGUUAACAGCACGUGAACAACUCUGGCUCUACUGUCGUAUCAAAGGUAUUCCAGAGCAUCAAAUCGGAGAGACUGUCGAGGCAUUCCUCACUAUGAUGGAUUUGCAACCAAUUGGAAACAGCAACUGUCACGGUUACUCUGGUGGAAACAAACGUAAGGUAUCACUCUCCAUCGCUAUGUUGGGCAAUCCAUCUGUUGUCUUCUUGGAUGAACCAUCAACUGGUUGUGACCCAGAGAUUCGUAGAUUCAUGUGGAAUGUCAUCUCUGAACUCGGUGCCAACAAGGUUAUCAUCAUCACAACUCACUCGAUGGAGGAAUGUGAAGCACUCUGUCAACGUAUCUCUAUUAUGAAAGACGGUAAAUUCACUUGUCUUGGUUCGAAUCAACAUAUCAAAUCCAAGUUUGGUUCAGGUUACUCAAUUGACAUCAAAUUCAAGAAAGAGUAUUACGAAACUGGUAUUAAUAUGGUAUUGAGAGAGUUCCCAUCGUCUUUCUUGCUGGAUCAACACGAUCUCAUUGCCAACUUUGAACUUCCAAACAAUACACACAAACCGAUCAUGGUAUCAGAGAUCUUCUCUACUCUCCAAAAUCAAUUGGCACAUAUCAUGGAUGAUUACUCUGUCAGUCAAACAUCAUUGGAACAAGUAUUCCUCAAGUUGACAUCAUCCAAACACGAAGAGCGUCUCGAUCAAUAUUCAGAAAGAGAAAGAGAAGGUGAGCAAUUACUAUAUAAUUGA